ACGACUAUUCCGUCGACUCAAUAAGUCUAUCACUAGUGCUCGAGUUCUUCAACUAAAAUAAAGCGUUUAUCAAAAUGGAAGCACCGGAAAAAUGCUGCGACACCCAAUUCAAAGUUCUAUCCUCUGGCGACUAUAUUCUACCGCCGCCGUUACAAGCAUCUAUUGACAAAAUAGUAGAAAAAGAAGGAUAUAUAUCUCACAAAACUAUCAACAGGUCAAUCUCGACCAGCGGUGGCAACUUUUUGGCAGAACUGUACGAAGUUGACAUUAAAGGAACUACUGCGGACGAGGAUAAAGAGACCAAUAUUUUUAUUAAAAAUAAAAUGGAUGACAUACAAAUGACUAUUCUUGAUAUUGCAGAAUGUUACAACAUGGAGAAUUUCUUUUACAGACACCUCUCAAUAUUGUACGAUGAUAUACAAAACAAAGCCAAUAUUCCUGUUGGAGAAAGAUACAAUAUGGUCAAAAGUUACGAUGCCACGAAUCCGAACACUAUAAUUCUGGAAAAUCUUGCUAAAAAGGGCUUCACGACGGUUCAUCGAAUGGAGGUCGUUCCUCUUAAGUUUGCACAACUCUCUGUUCAGCAGCUGGCCAGGUUCCACGGCUUGUCCUGGGUCUUGGAAAAACAGCAUCCUGAAUACUUCAAAAAGAAAAUUAGGCCUUUGAAAGCGACAUAUCAAUUUAACGAUGAUUACCAAAAGUUCAUUGACAGUAUGAGCACGUAUACGGAUAAAUGUGUGGAUAUGGAUAAACAAGUUAGAUUAAACAAUUUCAAACCCGUCGUUAUGGAAACCGUGAAAAAGAAUUACUUUGAAAAUGCUGGGAGUAGAUGCUGUUUAUGCCAUGGUGACUACAGAGCUAACAAUAUUCUUAUGAAAAAAGAUGGCGAUAAUAUAACUGAAGUCAUACCAGUGGACUAUCAGUUGCUGUACUACGGGUGUCCUGUCCUGGACUUCAUCUAUUUCAUCUUCCCUUGCACCGACCAAGAGUUUAGAAGAAAACAUCUUGAUGAUCUGAAAGAUCUGUAUUACGAAAGUUUAAGAAAGUUCCUUAAGUAUUUUAACAUGGAAGUUGAGUCAGUGUACCCACGGCGUGAAUUUGAAACAGAGUACAAGAAGAGACUAGAUUGUGGUCUAGCAUUUGGUCUUCUGUUAACUCCUGUACUGUUUACUAAUGAUGAUGACAUCCCUGACUUUGCUAAAGAUAAUAUUGGAAAAAUUUCUGUCACUCCAGAUCCAAAAAUGGAUGAAAGGAUUAGAGGUCUUGUAGGUGAUUUCCAAAAGUGGGGUAUUUUGUAAGGAAAUUUACUUGUUAAUUUA